AUGAACCUGAAUCGUCUCGAUGCUCUCCUGAUGCCAGCUCAGCAGGAUGUUUCAGAGAGUGACCUAUUCUUGCAGCCGGUCGAUGAUGAGCUCGAUCAAGUCAUUGUAGCCAUCGAUUCCCGAGAUUCUGGGACUGUGGGUUGCUCGUACUACUGCGUCCGAGAAGAAAGGCUUUACCUGCUGGGGGACUUGCGAUACUCCGACUCUGAUAUUAUCGAUACUUUGAUCCUCCAAACAAGCCCGACGUUGCUGUUACUCUCGCCUCGGGUGGACCACAACGCCCUCCAAGAUAGACAAAUGCUCGAUAUAGGCAGUGAUACCGGCUCUCUACUCCCAUUUCAGCUCGAUAUUCGUCCAUCGCAGGAAUUUAGCUUCGAGAACGCGAAGAGUAAGCUAUUCGCUUUAGGCAUAUCCUCGCAACACGAACAACGCAUGCGGUUCCUCGUGCCACACAAUGGGUUCGCCGACAGUGGACAAUUAGACUCUGAGAGUCUGAAUUUUACCCUGCAGGAGGGCAAGUUGCUGCAUAUCUCGAGCUCGAUAGAGAUGGAGAACACAGUGACGAUCAGCUGUGCCGGCGCUCUCCUCAUGCAUCUCCAGAGACGCAGAGCCUCUGUCUCUGUAGCUACCAGUCAACCCUCAGAUAAUUAUCGGGUGAACUCUGUGGAGAUGUUCAGUUUGAUGGGGACUAUGUUCGUUAAUAAGAGAACGCUUUCGUCGCUGCAGAUAAUGGAGUCGGAAUCUCAUCCUAGCAUUAUGAACCAAGGCAAGAAGUCAAUUCUCUCAAAAGAAGGUCUCUCAGUCUACGGCCUCUUCCAGCGCUUUGCGCGUACACCCCAGGGCAAGAAUCGACUAAAGCAAAUAUUCCUUCGUCCAAGUGUUGACGUUGAUGUCAUCCAGCAACGACACGCAUUUAUCAGCACUUACUUGAGACCCGACAAUUUCAAUCCGCUGGAGAAGCUGACCAAGAGUCUCAAGCACAUAAAGAAUUUGCGCUAUGUCAUGGUGAACUUGCGCAAGGGUAUCGAGACAGGAAGUGGAAAGAUCACGGGCUUUAGGACCACGGUGUGGGCUACGUUGUUGGCAUUUGCUUUCUAUGGCAUUGAUGUUUAUGAUGCUCUGAAAGAAAGCGCCGGAGCUGCUGAUUUGGCUCUACAUAAGAAGGCUCUUCGUGUCUUUGAAGCGGCUCAAUUAUACAGAGUCGACAUAGAUAGCUCUGAGGAGCAGGGAAGAACCGUCGUGAAACCGGGAAUUGAUCGGGCACUCGAUCGAAUGAAGGACACCUACGAUGGGCUCAGCAGCCUACUCAAGAACAUCGCCAUAGAGAUUGCAGGAGAGAUACCCGAGUUCUAUGACAUUGAUGUCAACGUCAUCUAUUUCCCCCAGCUCGGCUUCAACAUCGCAAUACCACUCAAUCAGGCAGGCGAUGCUGCUUACAGGGGUCCAGAAGAGGAAUGGAACCUCAUGUUCUUUACAGAAAACAGGGCUUACUUCAAAGACUUCAGAAUGAGAGAGCUUGAUGAACGACUCGGAGAUAUCUAUGGUCUCAUAUGCGAAAAGGAGAUUGAACUAGUGUAUGGCCUUGCGCAGAGAUUGCUCAGGUAUGAGAAGAACCUUCUCGAGGCAUCGGACAUAUGUGGGCAGCUCGACAGUCUUCUUGCAAUGGCUCAGACGGCGAGCUUUUAUAAGCUUGUCUGCCCGAAGAUGGUGCCGGAAAAUAUCAUAAGGAUUAGAGGCGGCCGGCAUAUCUUGCAAGAACUGACUGUGGCCUCUUACGUGCCGAACGAUACCUUCUUAGUAGGUGGAAGUUCAUCAGACUGCCUUGCACUUUCAUCGAGUCAGACAUGCCACGAAAACCCCGAACCCAUUGAUGAAGAUCAUGGCCCCAGCAUGCUUCUUCUUACAGGCCCGAACUAUUCAGGAAAGAGUGUGUACAUGAAGCAAGUUGCUCUAGUUGCGUACCUCGCGCAGAUCGGAAGCUUUGUGCCAGCAGCCAGCGCAGAGCUUGGGGUAACCGACAAGAUUAUAGUCAAGUCGAGCACCCAAGAUAGCGUCUCCCAGAUCCAAAGUACUUUCAUGCGUGACCUACAACAGAUCUCUUUCGACCUGAAGCAAAUUACCGAGCGCAGCUUAUUGGUCAUCGACGAGUUCGGCAAAGGCACCAACGAGAAUGAUGGCAUCGGCCUUGCCUGUGGUAUCCUCAGUCACCUGCUUGAUAUCGACAACCCACCGAAGGUCAUUGCUGCAACGCACUUCCACGAGAUCCUCGCAAAUGGUUUCCUGAAGCCCCGGCCACAAUUACAGCUGGGUCACAUGGAAGUUCGCGUAUCCGACGAGGACUCCGGCGAUACUGAAGACCAGAUCACCUACCUUUAUAACUUCCGACCGGGUCGAAGCGAUAAGAGCUUCGGAACAGUUUGUGCCGCGAUGAAUGGGAUCAGUCAGGCGGUAGUUGCUCGGGCGAGCGAGAUCGCGGCUCUCGCAGCGCGUGGUGAAAACUUGAUCGCUGCGUGCGCCACGCUCUCGGCUGAGGAGAUGCGGAUCCUUGAACAGGCGGAUACCUUAGCGAGGAAGUUUCUCCGUUUGGAUCUUUCGAAUUAUGAUGAGGCGCUUGAUGUCCAGGACAUGCUUGACAAGCUGUUUGAGGAAUCGUAA